AUGGCGACCCCCGGCAGUGCUCUAUCAGCGGAACAGUUCCAGUGUCCCAUCUGUCUGGACGUGCUGAGCGAUCCUGUGUCGACGCCAUGCGGCCACAACUUCUGCGCGCCGUGCAUCAAGGACUUCACGCAAAGGAGCACCAAACAAAAAAUGGAGGAACUGGUGAUGAUGCUGUGGGAGAGCCAGAGGGCCCAGCAGGAGACCAGUGCAGCCUUGUUGCAGAUGCAGCAGAAGGACAAUCCAACUAGAGAUGACCUAGAGGAGGCCGAGAAGAAGCACGCCCGCUCUGGUGAGAUGUUCGAGAGGGCCCAGGAAAAGCUAAGCCAGAUGCGCAGUGCAACAGUGGUGGUCCUAGCUGCCGGUGAUGAAGAGUGGGACGAUGAUGGUGGCGAUGAUGAUGUCUAUGGUGAAGAUGUCAGUGAUGAAGAGGUCGGUGAUUUCGACGAUGAUGCCGAUGAUGAAGCUGACGAUGAGGUGGAGGAUGAAGAUCCUGCAGAAAACGAAGAUCCUGCUGAUGACGAAGAUCCUGCUGAUGACGAAGAUCCUGCGGAAAACGGAGAUCCUGCUGAUGACGAAGAUCCUGCGGAUGAUAACGAAGCAGGUGAAGAUGACUCUGAGUCAGAGGUCCCACCAGGUAAAAAGGCAGCUCCAGCCAAGUCUGCUGCCAAGGCAGCCCCUGCUAAAGAAGAGCCUGGGGAAGUCCACAAUGGUAAAGAGGCAGAUGACCCAGACGAUGGUGCCGAUGGCGACAACGACCUCGGAGAAGAGGGGGAUGUCUUUGACCAGACCAACGUGUCGACUUCUGCCCGAACAAACGUGUCUGACUCUGCCCAGAGGAGAAAGAUGUGUGCCGGCUACCAGCGCAAUGUGGUAGUAGUGUGCCACACAAACGAGGCCUACAAGGAGAAGACUCCUAAAAAGACGGAGACGGAUGGCAAAGAUGUCCCCGAACGUGCCGUGCUCAAGAGGAAGGGACUCUACGCCCUGCCAGAGGUGGGCGAUUACUUCCCUGAGGUGACGUAUGUGGAGCUGAAGAAGCUGGAACGCAACUGGGACUGCAGCGUGGUGUGCCAGUGUCCGCUGUGCAAGGAGACCUUCUUCCGCCGCCCCGUGCUCAAGGUCAACACCACCCUGCGUGAGGUGGCCGAUCACGUCCGCUCCCAGAGGGACAGCGGCCACGACCUCACGCCAGCCCAGCCCGGGGAAGUGCCCUGUGACGUCUGCAGCGGAGACGGAGGCAGGAGGCUCCGCGCCCUCAAGUCCUGCCUGGACUGCGGCACGUCCUUCUGCGCACUUCACCUGGAGCUCCACCAGAGGGCGCCAAAGCUCCAGAGACACACGCUCACGGAGCCGCUGGAGAACCCCGAGGAGCGCCUGUGCCAGAAGCACCGGCGGCCGCUGGAGCUGUUCUGCCGGGACGACCACACGUGUGUGUGCGAGUUCUGCACCGAGGGGGAACACAAGAACCACAACACGGUUCCGCUGGAGGAGGAGGGCAAAGACAGGAAGAGCCAGCUGGGCAAGACGCAGGCAGAGCUGAAGAGUAUGAUCCAGGAGAGGCAGGAGAAGAUCGCAGAGAUCAAACACUCCGUAGAGCUCAGCAGACUGUCUGCUGAGGCCGAGGCUGCUGCCGUCUCUGAGCUGUUCUCUGUGCUGCUGCUGGCACUGGAGAGGAGUCGCUGUAACCUGCAGGGGGCGCUAGAGGCCCGGCAGCGGGCUGUGGAGACGAGGGCGGAGGAGCUGACAGGACAGCUGGAGCAGGAGAUCACCACCCUGCAGAUGUUGCCUCCCUCUAAGUCCUGGUCCCUGGUGAGUGUGAAGACCUAUCAGGACGUGGACUCGCUGCGUCCCCUCGUGUCCCGACUGGAAACGCUCAUCAACAGGGAGAUGGACGACCUGCACGAGAUGCAACUGAAAAGGGUUCAGCAGUUUACAGAGCUCAGCAAAGUCCAGCAGUAUGCAGUGGACGUGACUCUGGAUGCAGACACAGCUAACUCCUUCCUGCAGCUGUCGGAGGACCGUAAGCAGGUGUGCUGUGUGGAGAGACGGCAGAAGGUUCCGGAGGCUGCGGGGCGCUUCGAGCGGGCCGCCUGCGUGCUGGGGAGCGAGGGAUUCUGCGUCCGCUUCUACUUCCAGGUCGAGGUCAGCGGCAAGACCAGCUGGGACGUGGGCGUGGCCAGGGACUCGGUGACCCGCAGGGGGAAGGUCAAAGCCUCGCCGGACACGGGCUACUGGACGGUUGCCCUGAGAAACGGGGGACGGCUCGUGGCCAAAGAAACCAAUCCCAUCCCUCUCGCCGUGGGGGCGGGGCUUCGGAAGGUGGGCGUGUUCGUGGACUACCCGCGGGGCGUGGUCAGUUUCUAUGACGUCACAAACAUGUCCCACCUCUACUCCUUCACUGGCCAGCGCUUCACCGGCAAGCUCCGCCCCCUCCUGAGCCCCAGCCAGAGGGAGAAAGGGAGAAACUCCGCCCCCUUAGUCAUCUGUGUUGAUCGGCCAAUCACAUGAGCCCAUAUCACCACCUAUGCCGAUUGUCCAACCACAG